GCCCGCCGGGCCGGCCGGAGCGCGCCAUGGGGCCCGAGUGAGCGCGCCCAGGCCCGGCCCGGUGCCCGGUGCCCGGUGCCCGGCGGGCGGGCGGCAGCAUGUCGGCGGGCGGCAGCGCCAGGAAGAGCACCGGGAGGCCCUCCUACUACUACCGGCUGCUCCGGCGGCCCCGGCUGCAGCGACAGAGGAGCCGCUCCCGCAGCCGGACCCGGCCCUCCAGGGAGUCGCCCCAGGAAAGGCCGGGCUCCCGGCGCAGCCUGCCCGCCAGCCUCUCGGAGAAGAGCCCCAGCAUGGAGCCGUCAGCCGCCACGCCAUUCCGGGUCACGGGCUUCCUGAGCCGCCGCCUCAAGGGCUCCAUCAAGCGCACCAAGAGCCAGCCCAAGCUGGACCGGAACCACAGCUUCCGCCACCUCCUGCCGGGGCUCCGGAGCGGCGCGGCGGACCAUGAGAGGUCCCAUCUGAUGCCCAGGCUGAAGGAGUCUCGCUCACACGAGUCCCUGCUGAGCCCCAGCAGCGCGGUGGAGGCGCUGGACCUCAGCAUGGAGGAGGAGGUGCUCAUCAAGCCCGUGCACAGCAGCAUCCUGGGUCAGGACUACUGCUUCGAGGUGACCACAUCAUCCGGGAGCAAGUGCUUCUCCUGCCGGUCAGCCGCUGAGCGGGACAAGUGGAUGGAGAACUUGCGACGAGCAGUGCACCCCAACAAAGACAACAGCCGGCGCGUGGAGCACGUCCUGAAGCUGUGGGUCAUCGAGGCCAAGGACCUGCCGGCCAAGAAGAAGUACCUGUGCGAGCUGUGCCUGGACGAUGUGCUGUACGCCCGCACCACGGGCAAGCUCAAGACCGACAACGUCUUCUGGGGCGAGCACUUCGAGUUCCACAACCUGCCGCCCCUGCGCACGGUCACGGUGCACCUGUACCGCGAGACCGACAAGAAGAAGAAGAAGGAGCGGAGCAGCUACCUGGGGCUGGUCAGCCUGCCCGCCGCCUCGGUGGCCGGGCGGCAGUUCGUGGAGAAGUGGUACCCGGUGGUGACGCCCAACCCCAAGGGCGGCAAGGGCCCCGGACCCAUGAUCCGCAUCAAGGCGCGCUACCAGACCAUCACCAUCCUGCCCAUGGAGAUGUACAAGGAGUUCGCCGAGCACAUCACCAACCACUACCUGGGGCUCUGCGCCGCCCUCGAGCCCAUCCUCAGCGCCAAGACCAAGGAGGAGAUGGCGUCGGCGCUGGUGCACAUCCUGCAGAGCACUGGCAAGGUCAAGGACUUCCUCACGGACCUGAUGAUGUCCGAGGUGGACCGCUGCGGGGACAAUGAGCACCUCAUCUUCCGGGAGAACACGCUGGCCACCAAGGCCAUCGAGGAGUACCUCAAGCUGGUGGGCCAGAAGUACCUGCAGGAUGCGCUCGGAGAGUUUAUCAAGGCGCUGUACGAGUCAGAUGAGAACUGCGAGGUGGACCCCAGCAAGUGCUCGGCCGCUGACCUGCCCGAGCACCAGGGCAACCUCAAGAUGUGCUGUGAGCUGGCCUUCUGCAAGAUCAUCAACUCCUACUGCGUGUUCCCCCGGGAGCUGAAGGAGGUGUUCGCCUCGUGGCGGCAGGAGUGCAGCAGCCGCGGGCGCCCCGACAUCAGCGAGCGGCUCAUCAGCGCCUCCCUGUUCCUGCGCUUCCUGUGCCCGGCCAUCAUGUCGCCCUCCCUCUUCCACCUGCUGCAGGAGUACCCCGACGACCGCACCGCCCGCACCCUCACGCUCAUUGCCAAGGUCACCCAAAACCUGGCCAACUUUGCCAAGUUCGGCAGCAAGGAGGAGUACAUGUCAUUCAUGAACCAGUUCCUGGAGCACGAGUGGACCAACAUGCAGCGCUUCCUGCUGGAGAUCUCCAACCCCGAGACCAUCUCCAACACGGCCGGCUUCGAGGGCUACAUCGACCUGGGCCGCGAGCUCUCCAGCCUGCACUCGCUGCUCUGGGAGGCCGUCAGCCAGCUGGAGCAGAGCAUCAUUGCCAAACUGGGGCCCCUGCCACGAAUCCUGAGGGAUGUCCACACGGCGUUGAGUGCCCCCGGCAACGGGCAGCUGGCAGGGACCAAUGACCUGGCCUCCACACCCGGCUCUGGCAGCAGCAGCAUCUCCGCUGGGCUCCAGAAGAUGGUGAUUGAGAAUGACCUCUCUGGUCUCGUAGAUUUCACCCGGUUACCGUCUCCAACCCCCGAAAACAAGGACUUGUUUUUUGUCACAAGGUCCUCCGGGGUCCAGCCCUCGCCCGCCCGCAGCUCCAGUUACUCAGAAGCCAACGAGCCGGACCUCCAGAUGGCCAACGGCGGCAAGAGCCUGUCCAUGGUGGACCUGCAGGAGGCCCGCGCGCUGGACGGGGAGGCCAGCUCCCCCGCGGGCGCCGACGCCCUCGCCGUGGACGGGCCGGUGGCCGCGGCUCAGCUGGUGGCCGGGUGGCCGGCCCGGGCGGCCCCCGCGAGCCUGGCAGGGCUGGCCACAGUGCGGCGGGCGGGCCAGACGCCCACCACGCCCGGCGCCUCCGAAGGCGCGCCGGGCCGGCCCCAGCUGCUGGCGCCGCUGUCCUUCCAGAACCCCGUGUACCAGAUGGCGGCCGGCCUGCCGCUGUCCCCCCGCGGCCUGGGCGACUCGGGCUCCGAGGGCCACAGCUCCCUGAGCUCGCACAGCAACAGCGAGGACCUGGCCGCCGCGGCCAAGCUGGGCGGCUUCGGCGGUGCCGAGGAGCUGGCGCGGAGGCCCAGCGAGCUGGCGCGGCGGCAGAUGUCACUGACUGAGAAGGGCGGGCCGCCCGCCGUGCCCCGGCAGAACAGCGCCGGCCCCCAGCGCCGGAUCGACCAGCCGCCGCCGCCCCCGCCGCCGCCCCCACCCGCGCCCCGUGGCCGCACGCCGCCAGUGCUGCUCAGCACCCUGCAGUACCCGCGGCCGGCCAGCGGCACCCUGGCCUCCGCCUCGCCGGACUGGGCGGGCCCCGGGGCCCGGCUGCGCCAACAGUCCUCGUCCUCCAAGGGGGACAGCCCCGAGCUGAAGCCGCGGGCCGCGCACAAGCAGGGUCCUUCGCCCGUGAGUCCCAAUGCCCUGGACCGCACGGCCGCGUGGCUCUUGACCAUGAACGCACAGUUGUUAGAAGACGAGGUUCUGGGCCCAGACCCCCCGCACAGGGAUAGGCUAAGGAGUAAGGAGGAGCUCAGCCAAGCAGAAAAGGACCUGGCGGUGCUCCAGGACAAGCUCCGCAUCUCCACCAAGAAGCUGGAGGAGUACGAGACGCUGUUCAAGUGCCAGGAGGAGACGACGCAGAAGCUGGUGCUGGAGUACCAGGCGCGGCUGGAGGAGGGCGAGGAGCGGCUGCGGCGGCAGCAGGAGGACAAGGACAUCCAGAUGAAGGGCAUCAUCAGCAGGCUGAUGUCCGUGGAGGAGGAGCUGAAGAAGGACCACGCGGAGAUGCAGGCGGCAGUGGACUCCAAGCAGAAGAUCAUUGAUGCCCAGGAGAAGCGCAUCGCCUCGCUGGACGCGGCCAACGCCCGCCUCAUGAGCGCGCUCACGCAACUGAAAGAGAGGUACAGCAUGCAGGCCCGUAACGGCGUCUCCCCCACCAACCCCACCAAAUUGCAGAUUACCGAGAACGGCGAGUUCCGGAACAGCAGCAAUUGCUGACCCGGCCCAGGAGGGCCAGGGCCCACGGCCCCAUGUCCCCUCCCCCGCCCGCGGGGCCCGGAGGAGGCGGCCACAGGCGCGAGCCAC